AUGAACUGUCCUUCGUCGUCCUCCGACUCCAUAUUUCGGAUCGAACUUCCGAACGGAAAAACCACAGUGAUCUCACAUGGAAAUCAAGAUCUUAAACAGUUGCUGGAGAAAGUCUGCAUUAAGCUCGCUGUACAGCCGGAAUUCUUCGAGCUUAUCCGAGGCAACGAUGGAGAAUGGAAGCUGUUAAUGAGGGAAGAGUAUGAGGUGCGAGGUGUUACCCCAUAUGCACCUGAAGGGGCUGACAUCGGAGACGUGGUUAUCAGCGUCGACGGGAAGCUGAUCUCCCAGGUGAGCUUUAAGAGUUGGAACAUAACUUGUUUAUAGCA